CAACUCCAACCAAAGACGGUGGGUCGACGAGUAGUACAUAUCGGACUAGGAAUGGGAAAACCCCAAUAAAAUCGCCUAUAAAUCUCAACCUUUGCAUCACCAGAUUCUCCACCAACCACUUAUAGUAUUAUUAUUCUCGCAAAUUUUCUCUGUUCUCUCCUUCUCUUGAAGCCAUUGGAGGCGCUUCUUUGCGCUCUCGGCCUUCUGCCUUCUGAGAUGGAAAAUCAAUCAGCACAUCCACACACCUUGGAGACUGUGGGCCAUGCUUUUGUUAAACAGUAUUAUGAUUUAUUCUGUCAACCAGAAUUUCUUCAUAGAUUUUAUCAUGAGUCAAGUGUUCUAUCCCGCCCUGAACCAGAUGGUAAAGCGUUGAAGACUGUGACAACCUUGCAAGACAUCAAUAGCAUGAUACUCUCCUUGGACUACAAUAAUUGUCAUUUACAGAUUUUGAGUGCUGAUUAUCAGUUUUCAUUGAACGGCGGAGUGAUUAUCUUAGUGACCGGGCAUUUAACUGGAAAAGACAACGUGCAAAGAAAAUUUACUCAAACUUUCUUUCUGGCCCCACAAGACACAGGAUUCUUUGUCUUGAACGAUAUCUUUAAGUACGUAGAUGGUGUGGUGGAAAAUAUUGUUGUUGAUCAAAGCACUCCAGAAGCUUCUUUGGCUCCAAAUCAUGUUGUUACAGAGCCUUCUGUUGUUGCUGAUCAACCUGAGCUGAAUCAAACUACAUCUGUGGAGGUUAAUAAUACCAAUGAAAAGGAACUUAAUAAUACCCAUGGAAAGGAAUCCAUUAAUGUGUUGGAGAAUGGUCAAGAAACUGUUACUGAAAAUAGUGUUGUUGCUGAAAAUCCUGUUGAAUCAAGGCAGAAUGUUGCUCCCCAAGUAACAGAGGCAGCUGCUUCUAACACACAGAAGGAUGCUCCAAAGAAAUCUUUUGCAUCAGUGGUGAAUGCCUUGAAUGGGAAUAACGCUCCAUUCCUUAUGAGGACACGCCCCACUAAACCUGUUGAGCGGCCUCGUGAACCCGUAACGCCAGUAGCUUUACCUCCCCAGAACAAUAGUGCCCCGGAAAAGAAUAAUGUGCCUGCAGGUAAGUCUUAUGCCAUUUUCGUUGCCAAACUGCCAAUGAAUGCAACUGUUGAAGAAUUGGAGAAGGUUUUUAAGCAGUUUGGACCCAUCAAGCGUGAUGGGAUUCAAGUGAGAAGCAAUAAGCAACAGGGAACCUGUUUCGGUUUUGUAGAAUUUGAAUCUGCUAAAGCCAUGCAAACUGCACUUGAGGCAUCUGUCAAAUAUGGGAAUUUUGAGCUACGUGUUGAGGAAAGACGAGCGAACAACAACGAGAGAGGAAGGUAUCCGUCAGGAAGGGGUGGGUACCGAAAUGACAGUUUUAGAGGCCGCGAGAACUAUACUGGAGACCGCGGGAACUAUACUGGAGGCCAAGGUUAUGGAAGAAGUGAUUCUGAGAAGAGCGAACAUCGUGAGUUCUCAGGUCAAACUAGGGGCAAUGCCGGUCGCAAUGGAGAAGCUUAUCAGAGGCCUUACCAGAAUGGAGGAAAAGCUGCUCGUCAAACGGGAAAGGUGGUGACAUGAAUUAGGUUGCAGCAGCAGCAGCAGCUAGCUCUUUCAGUUGAUUAGAUUCUUAUUUACAAGAAUUUUCCUUCAUUAGUGAGACCUCAUAGGUUAGGUGUUUUUGGUAGAGGCAGAAUUUAGAAUGCGGCAUGUUUUAGGUCUUUGACCUUACGAGGUUGUUGUUUCCUGUCUUGUUUGAUUUGCAUUUAACUUAAAUUUUUUUUUGUAACUAUAUAUAUUUAUUGAAAUAAUUAUCAUUUUGUGUUGCUGGAUCGA